AUGAAGAUCACCGCCAUCAACGUCUACCCAAUCAAGGCCCUUCGUCCAAUUUCUCUGGACUCGGCUGUGCUCACGCCGCAGGGCAUCCUCUAUGACAGGACGUACAUGCUCUUCAAAGUCGAGCCGGACUCGUCGCUGCGCAAGUUACAGUUAUCAACCUUUCCGCAAUGUGCCCUCUUCUCUCAGGAGAUCGUUUCUUUAUCCACGUCUUCAUCGAAUUCUUUCUCCAGCGACACUAUCCUCGUGAGAUAUCACAUUCCAAAUCCACCGCUCAUUGACCAUCAUCCCCUGCAAGAUACAACCCUCUCAGUCCCACUCGUCCCGGAUCCCACGGCGUUCGAGCCCAUCUCGGUUGAUCUUCAUGGCAGUCCCGCCGAGGCUCUCCGUAUGGGAGAGCCUUAUGACGCCUUUUUCUCUGCCUGCUUUGGAUUCCCCGUGAUUUUAGUCCACAUCGGCUCCGGACGUCGCCCUGUCCUCGGCACCCUGGCACCCGGGUCCUCGCCUGAGGAGCAGCCGAAGCAACAGCAAUCCUCAUCCCUGUUGUCCUCCUUGACGUCCUACCUUCCGUCUUUCCCAGCCCAUCUCUCCCAGGAAAAGGAAAAGCAUGGCAAGGGACAGCCCUGGCUCACAUUUACCGACUGCGCACCCUACCUGAUAACCUCAAAUUCGUCACUUUCUUAUCCGCCCCUGGCCCCGAUCCAAGAGCAACAACGAGCCCCCUCAAUCAUGAGCAAAUUCCGUCCCAACAUCGUCGUCGACGAUCCGGCAGAAGCCCCCUUCGCCGAGGACUUUUGGGCCGAGCUUUCCCUGCCUGGCUCAACGCAGCGCAACGCCAGGUUUCUUCUCACGGCAAAUUGCGGCCGCUGCUCCUCCCUCAACGUCGACUACUCCCUCGGCCGAGCUGCUUCGGGGCCAGAGGGCAAGCUGCUCAACACGCUCAUGAAGGAGCGCCGCGUUGAUCCAGGGCACAAGUAUGCUCCGAUCUUUGGCCGAUAUGCAUUUUUGGCGGUCGACUAUGGGGCAAUAGACGACGGCGCUGAUGGAUCCGGGGUGCGGAUCCACGUUGGGGAUGAAGUCGUCGUCACCAGGCGCAAUGCCGACCGCACUGUUUGUGACUGGGAUUUUCCGGCGCCAAACCCAAAAAAGGUUGUGGCCACUGCUUGA